AUGGGCAUUGUGGUCGGCUGCUCGGGGCCUUUGUGUACGCGCUACACACUGCAGGUGUUCAGGCACUCCCCACGUCUGCACAUUACUCACCUGAAGAAAAGGCACAUUGAAGUCGAAAUAAUACAAGAACAAUGGCAUACAGGCACAGCAACUGCAACACAGCCACUGCCGAUCCACAGGGGAAACUCAAAAAGUUCAGUCACGGCAAAGGCGCUGGGACAUGCAAAGCCACUCGCAAGUUCCUUUGGAGUUGACGUUCCCCCAAAGCCACUGAAUGCCACUAUGCAGACACAGCAGAGUCAAGUAUCCCCCCCCGCCGCCGCCGCCCCCGCCACCAUCUGCGAGCCUCCACCACCAUCUGUGAGCCUCGGCCACCAUCCCAGCCCUCAACACCACCUCCCUGCCUGGCCUGAUGCGCCGCCACCACCAGCGCCGCCGUCGUCACUGGCAGACGGGGGUGGGGCUUCUACUGCAUCUCCGCGGCGCAGCGCUGAUGCUGCUGGGGACUGA